ACUGCUGUGGGUCGGCUGCACGUGCUAGAAACCGUUAGACAGCUGUGCCACGACGGUCGCCCGAUCCCUUGGGAUCCAGAGAAGGGUCCGGGGAAGGACAGGCUAGCUGGCUUCCUCAAGAGGUACCCACGGGUGUCGGAGCGCACGACUCGCAUCUACGAGUCAAACAGAAUCACCGAGGACAAGGAGCCUCGCAUCUUCGAGUUCUGUAAGAAGUCGGCAGCUCUCCUCGACGAGCACAAGCCGGAGGCCGACCACGUGCACAACACGGACGAGACAGGUACCACACCGUAAGGCACGAAGACGAUGAAGGCCUUCGCGGAGGCAGGCCAGAAGGUGGUUGAGUCGAUGUGGUCGAACUCGCGAGAGAACACCACCGUGGUGACCACCAUCAGCGCCCAUGGUGCCACGUGGGCGCCAACCAUUAUCUUCAAAGGACGGCGACUCCAGCCUGACUGGUUCGCCGAGAGGAACGGCGCGAAGGAUGCGAGGUACACGUGCACGGACUCUUCCUUCAUGCAGGGCGACGUGUUCAUCAAGUACCUCAAGGACGUCCACAAGCAGCUUGACGACCAAGGCGUGCUCGACGGAAAGCCGUACAUCCUCGUGCUUGAUGGGCAUGCCUCACACGUGAGCUACGAGGUCAUCAAAUUGGCCAUGGAACUUGACACCAUCCUCUUCCAGCUGCCCUCCCACACGUCGCACAUCACCCAGCCGUUGGACGUCGUCGCUUUCGGAACCUUCAAGAAGGAUGUGACUAAAGUGCUGCAAGACUACAACCACGCAAACGGCGGGGUGUUACCGCUGAAGCGUGGCGUGCCCGGCGUGAUCGCGGCGGCUUGGCAAAGGAGCUUUACACCAGAGCGGAACAAAGCAUCCCUUGGCGGGGCGGGGCUGUGGCCUGUGGACAUGGAUCGAGCGCUGACCCGGCUUCAGGGCACGGUGAAGAGGAAAGAGGGGCCGACCGGGCGCCCACCCCUAGAGGAUGUCCCCAUCGCCAUGACCCACGAGCAGCUGGAAGAGGCCAUCGGGGAGAGGGGCCUGAGGCAGUUGAAGGUGGGAGGACGUACCAUUACCGGACUCGAGGUAGGCACGGUGAUGCUCGGCGGUCGCCUGACUCAGAGGAAGCGCGCCAAAAAACUGGCGACCUCGCGGGGCUCUUUGGGCCUUCCCGACGGAGGCAACAUCAACUCGGAAGAAUUCCUGGCAAAGGUUAACGCAAAGGAACGCGCAGACAAGGCAAAGGCCGAGGUGAAAGCGGAGAGGGGCAGGGAGCGCGCAAGGAAGAACGAAGAGGCGGCCGCGGCGGCGGCGGCGCGGGCACGGCAAGCGAACACGGGGGGUCGAGGACGGGGAGGGGGCCGGGAGCGCAACGAGGGCGGGAAGGGCGGGAGGAGGGGGGCGGGGGCUAAAGGGCGCGUCGUUAGUGUUGGGCGUGGAGGAGGGCGCGGGGGGCGAGGGGGGCGAGGAGGGCGAGGAGGGCAAGGGCUGCGCGGGAUGGGGGAGGGACGUGAGGCUACCGGACAAGGGAGGGGGCGGGGGGCGGCGGGGGGGGGACGCGGCCGAACAGGGGCUGGAAGAGGGGCCUCACCUGGCCGUGGUCAAGGAGCGGCUGCAGCACAAGGGGCGGCUUUGCCCGUUCGCCAGCCGGCACCCUCCUUGUCCCGGGUUGGACGGCAGCGGACGCCGACACCCGUUGUUGACGUGUAGCCGCCUGUGAGGCUCUCCUUGGUUUGUUUUCUACCACACUCAGAGUAGGACAAAACAAGCUACAAAAGUCGUCAGUUUUUACGUGGAGUCGAUACGUACCCUGUUGCACGUUGCUUGUUGAUAUUAGCGUAGGCAACGGUGGCGUUAUAGCAUGCCAAUGGGGCGGGGGGGGGCGGAGGGGGGCGUUUGACCGAAAACCGGGGAUGUCGUGAUUCUGUCCCCGGGUGCCCUUUUUUUUUCUUUGCGAUAAAUGUUUCUCAUUCAUUUCUUGAAUGCUCCCUCCAAUUUUUAUGUCGUGGGGAUGUGUGAACAGUCCAGAAUAGACUAUCCAGGGUUAGUGGUGUACGGGGCUGAUUCUUGCCGUAGCGACACGCAAAAUACCGAAAAUAUACCCAUUUUUGAACAACUAUUUUUUGACCGUAACAACUCCUUU